AUGCUCCCUCCGCCCCCCGCAUGGGCCAGGGACGACCUCCCGUCUCCCAUCGCCCCAGAACAGCAGCAACGACGCCGCCCCGCAGAACCAAAGGUUCGAAAGCCCAAUCCCCCUCCCCAAGAUACCACCGACCAGCCAAAGAAACCCCGACACCGGCAUUCGGCCUUUCAGCUCGCAGCACUCAAUGAACUCUACGACAAGGACGAGCACCCGGCGUUGGAGGAGCGCACUUCUCUUGCAGAGCGUCUCGGAAUGGAGACCAAGACCGUCAACUCCUGGUUCCAAAACAAACGUGCGUCGUGCAAGAAGCGUCACAAAGGCUCCUCAGCGACCACCCCAGCUCCGAACGCCCGCGCUGGUUCGAGUGUAAAUACCAGCGCGCCGACCAAGAAGCCCAGCAGCAACAACAACUCAGUGGAGCUCCCGCCUAUUUCGGCCCUCAUCGCAUCCUACGAUGACUACGACGAUGAGGAAUACGUGCACCGAUUACCGCCCACAAAGCAGCAGCUCUUCUACGCAGGCAAUCCUUCACACCGUCACCUCGAUGCCGCCGAGCAGAGCCAACGACCCAAGGCUCGUUCGCGGCCGUCUGCAGCGCAGACGGAGGAGCUCCGCAAAGUGUACGACGUGGAUCCUCAUCCCUCGAAAGACGUACGGGAGCAGCUUGGACACAAAAUCGGCAUGCGCUAUCAAUCGGUCACGAACUGGUUCCAGAACCAACGCAGCAUCGCGAAGAAGCGCAAGGAUGAGGAAGAAGCACACGCUGCCGCGCUCGCUGCGCAUGCCGCCUCCUCGUCGAAGCCGCGUAUGUUCUCGCCGUUCCCUCCGGCGACGAGCGCGGCACAUCCGUCGCUGUCCUUGGCAGUCCCACCGGCGACUAGCCACCCAUCAUUAGCGAUACCGCACCACUCACAACAUUCGAUCUCGGCUCCUCCGCCGCGAGCCCGCCGUUCUUUGAGCGCCGCGCCGUUGAACCGUGGUCAUGAUCUAAGCCAUGGCUCGAGUCGAUCAGUUUCUCGCCCAUCUUCGCCACGCGUUUCUCCGUAUCGCAUGCCAUCUGAUCGUGUCCAGGGUCCGAGUCGUUUGCAGGAAAGACCUCGGCGCCCUCGUCGCACGCGUCCGGAACCGCACCAACUCGAAGCACUGAAAAAGCUCUUUCGGCGAACCUCGACGCCGAGCAUCGAGGAGCGGGGUGCGCUCGCGCUCGAGGUCGGCAUGGACGUCGGGAAAGUGACGAACUGGUUCCGUAACCUCCGGCAGACUGCGCGGAAACGUGCCACGGGCCUCCAGGACCAGUUGGAGGAGGGCGAGAUCGACCAGGACGACCAGGACGAGUUGAUGGAUGUGGACGCAGACGACGUCAGCCUCGCGACGUACCAGUCGAGGUCGGCGACGCCGAUGCACUCAACGGGCGUGUCGUCCUCGGUGUCGUCGCCCCUCGUGCACGCGCUCCACCCGAGCCAGCCUCCGCCGCCGUACUCGCUCGAGGACGCCCGCGAGGAGAUGCCCGUGCCGCGGUAUGAGGCGCGGUAUACCCCGCCCUCGCCCAUGCAGCCGCCGAGCGAGGAGAAUCUACGACAGCUGUACACGUACGCGCGCGCGAUGCGCCAGCGGCCUCCGCCGUUGAACGAGCAUAGCUCGAGCUCGGACCCCGAUGUGUAUCCUGAUGGCGACUCGCAUAUGGGCAGCGAGGAGGACGUGCAGGAGGCGUGA